GUACAUGUGCCGCUGCUUCCGGCUCGAAGCCGCGCGUGUAGUGCAGCGGUGUCUCCGUUUGGUCCGGUCCCGGCGGCAUCAUGGUGAAGCCACGCUAUAAAGGCCGCAGCACCAUCAACCCGUCCCGCGCCAGCACCAAUCCCGAUCGCGUGGCUGGCGCGGGCGGGAACAACAUGCGGGACCGAGCCACCAUCCGCCGUCUCAACAUGUACCGGCAGAAGGAGCGGAGAAACAAGCGUGGCAAAGUGAUUAAACCUCUGCAGUAUCAGUCGACAGUGGCACCAGGCACAGUUGCAAGAGUGGAACCAAAUAUUAAAUGGUUUGGGAAUACUCGUGUGAUCAAGCAGUCAUCCCUACAAAAAUUUCAAGAAGAAAUGGAAACUGUCAUGAAAGAUCCAUACAGAGUGGUCAUGAAGCAAAGCAAGUUACCAAUGUCCCUUUUCCACGAUCGGAUUAAACCUCACACCUCCAGAGUUCACAUUCUUGACACAGAAACAUUUGAAACAACGUUUGGCCCCAAAGCACAGAGGAAAAGGCCAAACCUUGCUGCAAGUGAUGUGCAGUCUCUGCUGGAGAACGCAGAAGCCUCAUCAGAAUGUUAUGAUCAGGGCAAAGACAGAGACCUGGUCACAGAAGACACUGGUGUAAGGGAUGAAGCACAAGAGGAAAUAUUUAAGAAAGGACAGUCAAAAAGAAUUUGGGGUGAGCUGUACAAGGUGAUAGACUCAUCUGAUGUUGUUGUUCAAGUUCUUGAUGCCAGAGAUCCUAUGGGCACUCGCUCCCCUCAUGUGGAAUCUUAUCUGAAAAAGGAGAAACACUGGAAACAUCUCAUUUUUGUCCUGAACAAAUGUGAUCUUGUUCCUACCUGGGCUACUAAGCGCUGGGUUGCUGUCCUUUCCCAGGAAUACCCAACACUUGCUUUUCACGCCAGCCUCACAAACCCUUUUGGCAAAGGUGCUUUCAUACAGCUUCUAAGGCAGUUUGGAAAGUUACACUCUGACAAGAAACAGAUCAGUGUGGGAUUUAUUGGGUACCCAAACGUUGGCAAAAGCUCAGUGAUCAACACGUUGCGGUCUAAGAAGGUCUGCAAUGUGGCUCCCAUUGCAGGUGAAACCAAGGUGUGGCAGUACAUUACUUUGAUGAGGAGGAUUUUUCUCAUUGACUGCCCAGGGGUUGUGUAUCCAUCUGGAGACUCAGAAACAGACAUUGUUCUGAAGGGAGUGGUUCAAGUUGAAAAGAUUAAGAGCCCUGAAGACCACAUCAGUGCGGUGCUAGAAAGAGCCAAACCAGAGUACAUCAGGAAGACAUACAAAAUUGAUUUCUGGGAAGAUACAGAAGAUUUCCUGGAGAAGCUUGCUUCUAGGACUGGAAAACUACUAAAGGGUGGUGAGCCUGAUGUGCAGACUGUCAGCAAGAUGGUUCUCAACGACUGGCAGAGGGGCAGAAUUCCAUUCUUUGUGAAGCCACCAAAUGCAGAAGCAGGUUCUGAGCCACCUGCAUUGGAAGGAGCAAUGACAUCAGGCCAAUCUAACAACGAGAAGGAAAUUUCUGAGUCUGUAGCAUCAAGUAUGGAGGCAACAGAAGAGAAGAACAACACAGACACAGAAAUGAAGCAACUCAUGGCAAACGUUCGGCAAAACUUUGGGAGGAUUAACGUAGCACCUCAGUUCUCAGAAGAAGACCUAAUUCCUGUAGAUGUGCCAGGCUUUGAUGAAACAGACAGCGAUUGUCCUGAAGAGGAGGAACAGGAAGAAGAGGAAGAGGAAAAUGAGCAACAUCAAGAUUCAGUAGAGGCAGAAUCACAGCCAACUGUACCGAGUGCCAAGGAAAGCUCGAAGGCAGUUCUUCAGGCUUUGGAGGAGAAGAUUGCAAAAUGCAAAAAAUUUCUGGAUAAGGCCAAAGCCAAGAGAUUCUCAGCAAUAAGAAUCCCCAAGCAGCUGAGUGAAAAAGUGUUUGCAAAAUCCAUGCAGAAGGCUGAAGAGACCAAAGAAAAUGAAGAGAAAGGUGGCACAGUAAAGAAAAGAAAAAGGAAUAGAGAAGAGGAGGAUGAUGAAGACCACUUGGGUAAACAGCCUUGCAAGAAGCUGACAUCCAAAGAAGAGUAACAUCUCGUUCUUUUUCUGCAUCAUCUGAAAGUUCUUUAUGCAACUGGAUCGUGGUAUUUCCACAUCAUCUAAGGCCAGUAAACACUGCAUUUGCAAAAAACACUUCCUGAAAUGUUCUUCAGAUUUGGUCUGCUGGAAAUCAGCUUUAUGGAGCUGUUUCAGUGAGCACAGCGAGCUUCUCUUCCUGUUCCUGUUUGCUGAUUAUAACUAGCUGGUUAUGCAGAUAUCAGCUGAAACUGUCGUUUGCAUUCACUGAGAAGUGCUGCUUGGAUACAUCUUUGUUUCAUUAGAAAUAAGCACAGGGAGAGCUUUGGUAUUGCUCAUCAUAGGUGACUGCUGCUGGUUGCUGAGAAGGAUUUUGGUACAUAGAUAACACUGACUUGCACGUGCUCAGGAAGUAUUCUCUAACUGCCUUGUGUCCAAGAGCUACCUAAAACCUAACAGUGAAUGUGACACACGUGAGUGUAAACACCUCAUAAACUGCCUCUGAAUGAAUUUUGUACAUUUCCAGAGUAAAAAUUUUAGAGAUGCUUGCCUGGAAAAGCAUUUAUUAGUUUAUUGCUUUGAAGAUCAUCCAGCAUAUUGCCAACUAGCAAGACCCAGCCAUGUUCACAUAUCGAGGAGCUGAAUGCUGUGAUGGCACAGGAAGAAGGCACAGUUGUUACUGAGGUUUUAAAUUUCAAUUCUUAACGAGAAAAAGGGAGAAAUAAUGCAAUUAGACUGCUUUCAGUUACCGGUAAGUGAAAGUUCAGUAUUGUUUUAUGAAGACAAAUCUCUGUCAUUAAUUGCAAACUUUGUGCUCUGACAGCUCUUCUGGCCUGGAGGCCAACAAAAAAUUUACUUAUUUGGUGCAAUGAUGCUUUCAAGUUGAGCCUGAAAAGCAAAUGGGAGAAUCAGUCAAAUUAGAUUUAAUCUAGAAAAUAAAAACUGUGUGGCUGAGCAGUGAUAAAUUGUCUGUUAGAUAUUCAAAGAGAAGAGCUGAGUGAUGCUGUGGUACUUCAAGAGGAACAGAGCAGGGGUUUUUCCCUAGCUACUCCAUUCCUCACUACAUGUUUUAUAAAUUAGCUUUUCAUUCUUGGCAUACACACUUGUUGCUUUCUGAGAAGAAAAGAGCUGGCCUUGGCUCCAUACAAUGAAAGACUCAUUUUAUAAUGUAAAGCACUGAGGAGGAAAUUAAAUAAAAGCUGUUGAAACAGUGGUCUGAAUUCUCUGAUUUCAGGCUGGACUAUGUUAGCUAAAUUAAAUAUUUGGCUCUCUGGGGUUUGGAACACAAACUGACUCGAGGACAGAAGUAGCUGGGAACAGCAAGUUUUUCAGUUCCUGAGACAACUUGACGCCCAGUGAAGAGAUUGAUCAGAGAGCUUAAGAAGCAUGCAGUGUGUGAGGCUUCCAGGGCUUUCAGAUUGCUCUCUUCCUAAAGCUGCCAUAAAAAUAAACUACCACAGUGAUACACGCACAGCUGUUAAAAUACUUCAAGGAGGAAACACGGCUUCAGCCCUGCACAUAUUUGCUCCAACAGUUACUGUAUUUUGUGCCCUAAAACACUUCAAGAUGGCCUGAGGCUGUUAAUGGUUUAGAAAGGAAAAACUGUAACAAUACUGAAGAUCAGGAGGGCAGCUUGGUGUAAAGGAAGUAUUUCAGCUCUAGCCAGAAACAUUUAUGGUUAUGAUUACACUUUUUUUUUCCCUUCUGAAAGCAAAGUAAUUGACAGAAGCUCUGCUUUCAUUAAAGUAGCAUAUACAGAAUUACUCCUUUCAGAUACAAAACAAUUUCAGUAAUCCAGUCGAGAUCACCAUGGGACAUAAAGUGUUUUCCACGAGCAACAAGUGAAUAGGAAGAAUGCUUCUACCUCCAUCACAGUAAUUACACUUCAAAUGUGAUGUAACAGAUUUCUGGAGGCUAGAGAUGUCAGUGACGUGUGCUCACCCUUCCUAGGUUUUGUGUUGUCUAUAGUUCUAUUAUCUUACAUAGAAAUGGGAAGCUGCAGGAACGUGUGAGGGCAUUCUCACUGUACUACAAGUCUGCUGCUAAAUAAUUGUAGUAAGAAAGCAUAAAACUUGUGCUCUUUUCCCCACUUCAUUGAGAACUUAAAGCAUUAAUACAAAUGCAUCAUAAAUGGAACUCCUAUUGAACUGAAAGGAUAAAAUUAGUUCCUUUUACAUCUUUAAUUGCAAAAUGCUUGGCUUUAC